AUCCGCCAGAGAAUAGUUAGCGUGGUCAGACGGGCCAAGUCAGCAACGUGCGGGCAGCAAGGUACCAAAGGAGCAGGCAGAGAAUGGUCAAGGUCACAAGCCGGGUUCAGUAACUCACGGGCAGCGCGGUACAGGGGAUCAGGCAGAAGGAUGGUCAAGCAAGCCAGGGGUUCAACAGGAGACGGUCAGCAGAGGUCAGGAUCAAGCCGGGUCAGCAACGAAGCAGGAACACAAGAUACCAGGUACAGAGGCUCAUGGGAAAACAUACACCAAGGCCCA